AUGGUAAACCAGGUGCGAAUGGGAGAGCCUGGAACGCCAGCGCAAUCUGUUCCACUCGUCCCAGGAGAACCCGGACCUGCUGGGCCGCCAGGACCUGCUGGAGAAGCUGGAGCAGAUGGACAACCUGGAGGUGCUGGAACGCCUGGAGCUCCUGGUCCCAAAGGGCCUUCCGGAUCACCAGGUCAAGCUGGAGCUGACGGUAAUCCUGGAGCGCCUGGCCCAGCAGGAAAAGCAGGUUCACAAGGAGAGAAAGGUAUCUGUCCUAAAUACUGCGCCAUCGAUGGAGGAGUUUUCUUCGAGGAUGGAACUCGACGUUAG